CGCUGCCUCACACUCUCUGGUAACUAUUCGGUGACAUUUCGGUGCACGGGGAGUUGUAGUCACUGAGACAAGUCAUGGCCGCUGCCGGGCUGACAUCAGGAAGGACUCCGGCCGGGGAAAGACCUUAGACUGGGCGUCUCCUCUUUACGAUACUCCACGCCAUCAAAAUGAACACCACCUUAAAGCACUGGAGGGAGGCCGCCACCCUCAUUUUAACAGCCGGAUGCCAACAUCGAGGAGCCGUACCGAAAAUCACAGCUCCAGGUCCCUGGCACGGGCAGAAGAAGACGACCACAUUCGAUUAUGAGGUUCUAUUACUACAACGCAGUGAGAAAAGCGGCUUCAUGCCCAACGCGUUUGUGUUCCCCGGAGGACUUGUGGAACCCUCCGAUUUCUCCAAUGAUUGGGUAAAAGUCUUUCAGAGACACGUCCAGAAGCCUAACUUUGGGCUUGGCGUGGUGAAGCAGCCUCCCGACACUAGGUCUCCCAUGUUCAUCAGUGACAGAACGAAGUUUGGCUCCCUGAUCCCCGGCGAGGUGGCCUUCCGGAUCUGCGCCAUAAGAGAGACCUUUGAAGAAUCGGGUAUACUGUUGGUGGUUCCUGAGAAGUCCAGUAUUGAGGACAACCAGAAGUUCAUGGACGCUUACGAUCAAGAUGGAGAAACCGUAGCCAAGUGGAGAGGGGAAGUUCAGGGUGAUCCCCUGAAGUUCAUUGAAAUGUGCAAGGAGCUACGAUGUGUCCCUAAUAUCUGGGCUCUUCAUGAGUGGGGUAACUGGCUCACCCCCUUGUUCUCUAAAAACACCAAGGCGAGGCGCUACGACACGGCCUUCUUCAUCUGCUGCUUGCCGAGAAAGCCGGUCACUGUGGAUGACCAGAAAGAAGUGGUCACCUUCAAAUGGUGGACUCCUCAGGAAGCAUUAGAUCAAUUACAGGAGAAAACCUGGAUCCCUCCUCCUCAGCUCUAUGACUUGAGGAGAUUGUGUAACUUUACGCACCAUGAGGAGCUGCAGAGAUUCGCUCUCCAUCGGGGCUUGGAAGGCUGUGAAAGAUGGAUGCCUGUUAUUGUACGCGCCAAGGAUGGCAUGGUGCAUACACUCCCAGGAGACGAGCUCUACCCUGAGGAUCCUGAUGUCACCGGAGAGACAGCGAAAUUGUACUCCACAGACCAAACAAUAGAAAAGCUCAUCCAGGACGGAGAGCGCCUCCACAGGCUGUUAACCGUGGAUGGGGUGGCGCGGUUCUUUAUAAAUACGCAGCCGAAAUACAAACACGUCAACCCGCGCAUACCGCAGAGUGACAGCGACAAGAAGGUCAAGAGCCAGCUGUGAAGAGCG